AUGGCGUUUCACCAACAGUGCACUUCCCCACGUGUCUGGCUUAUCACUGGGUGCAGUUCAGGGUUUGGAAAAUUGUUUGUGUCUCUCUUACUAGCCCGGGGCGACCGAGUAAUUGCCACGGCCCGCGACAUCAGUACUUUGUCGGAAUUCGCUCACCGUGAUGAUGUCAAACUGCUGCAGCUAAAUGUCACUGAUUCUCAAGAUGCAUUGAAUCGGAAGAUAUCUGAAGCUGUGGCCAUAUUUGGCCAAAUCGAUGUUCUUGUCAAUAAUGCCGGAUACGUGCUUUCUGGUGUAUGGGAAGAGCUAAGCCAACCACAGAUACUCGAUCAAUUUAAUACAAAUGUCUUCGGUCCUCUGAAUCUCACCCGCGCUCUAUUGCCGCACAUGCGAGCCCGUCAGAGUGGGACUGUCAUUUUCAUGAGCUCCAUAGCCGGAUGGAGAGGUGUCGCUGUUGGGGGGCCAUAUAGCGCAUCUAAGUUUGCUCUUGAAGGAGCGGCUGAGAGUCUCCAGAAAGAGAUCGUGCCAUUCGGCAUCGAUGUGCAUCUGGCAGUUUUGGGUCAAUUUCGAACAGACAUACUUGCCGCGGACCGAAGAAAAUCCGGGCGUGGCAUUAACUCAAUCCAGGGGUAUGAUGAUGCCGUCGAUGCCUUCCAAACUAGAUUGGCGCAAACAAAUGGAAAACAGCCUGGCGAUCCAGCCCAAGCAGUACAGCGAAUAUUAGAUCUUGUUCGGCGCGAAGGACAUUUUGCUGCUCAGCGACAAAUUCCAUUCCGCAUUUUUCUGGGAUCUGAUGCCGUGGAUAUCGUUCGCGGUGAAUGCCAGGACAUGUUGAGCGAGUUGCAAGCUCAGGAGGAAUUGGGGAAAAGUACUGAUUACUCGGAUACAGGAAACAUUCAGAGCUAUGAAUGA